AUGGCGACAACAACAUGCACACAGACCCAGUACGAACUGCCCGACAUCCCCAAAUCACCACCACCACACGAGCAACAACAGCCGCCAACUGUCUUCCCCGCCGUCGAACAAUGGAAUCAUCCCAGAUCCAACAUCUCCAAGACGCUGGCCACCUUUUGGUGUUUCCUGGUGAUGGGCGCGAAUGAUGCCGCAUUCGGUCUCGAAACCUACUACAACCUCACCUACACCGUCGUCUCCCUCGUCUUCCUCUCCCCGCUGGGCGGAUACACCCUCGCCGCCCUGCUAAACAACCACAUCCAUCUACGCCUCGGCCGGCGCGGCGUUGCAGUCCUCGCCGCCGGCUGCCACCUGCUCUCCUACAUCAUCAACUGCGUGCACCCGCCGUACCCCGUGCUGGUGGUGAGUUUCGUCUUCGCGGGGUUCGGCAACGGGCUCGCCGACUCCGCAUGGAACGCCUGGAUCGGAAACAUGGCGAAUGCGAACCAGGUGCUGGGCCUGCUGCACGGGCUGUAUGGCGCGGGCGCAGUACUGAGUCCGCUUCUGGCGACGACGUUGGUGACCAAGGCUGGCGUGGGCUGGUACUAUUUCUACUAUAUCAUGAUCGGCUGCGCGGCCAUCGAGCUCGUCACCUCCGUCUACAGCUUCUGGGACAGCGACGGGGCGGCGUUCCGCGCAAUGCACGGUGCGAGUGCGACCGGCGGCGGCGGCGGCGGGGGUCUGCGCCGGGCGCUCUUCAGCAAGCGCGCAGGACGCAUCACCUGGCUCUGUGCGUUUUUCCUGCUGCUCUACGUGGGCGUGGAAGUUGCCCUGGGCGGGUGGAUCGUCACGUUCAUGAUGCGCGUGCGACAUGGGGCCCCGUUCGCGAGCGGCAUGGCGGCCACGGGGUUCUGGCUGGGGAUUACGGUUGGGCGGGUGGUGCUGGGGUUUGUGACGCCGAGGGUGGGUGAGAAGUUGGCGAUUUCGAUCUACCUCAUCGCGGCCAUCGCCUUCGGCCUCAUCCUCUGGCUCGUCCCCAACUUCUACGUCUCGACCGUCGCCGUCUCCAUCCAGGGCUUCUUCCUCGGCCCGCUCUUCCCCGCCGUCGUCGUCGUCGCGACCAAGCUGCUCCCACGCAGCCUGCACGUCAGCGCCAUCGGCUUCGCCGCGGCAAUUGGCGGCGGCGGCGCGGCCAUGCUCCCGUUCGCGGUGGGCGCGAUCGCGCAGUCGCGCGGGGUACAGGUGCUGCAGCCGUUUGUGGUGGGGUUGCUGGGCGGGAUUCUGGGGCUGUGGUGGCUGUUGCCCAAGUUUCCGGCGGAGCAUGAGGCGUAG